GGACUUAUUUUCCGUUGGAUGAUUUGUGACAGAAAUUGAACAAGAUCUCGGGAAUGAUGUUUGUCACGACCGGUUUCUUUAGUAAUAAAACUUUCCUACCUGCUCCAAAGGGAAUCGCUUCCUAUGUGGGACAAAGAAAGAAAAGUUUCAACUUGAGGAGUGGUCUUUAUAUGAGUGCAAGUAAUCGUCACUUCUUUGUUGGGGGCAACUGGAAGUGUAAUGGUAAUAAGAAGAGUAUUCGUGAGCUGGUAGAACUCGUCAAUGCCAUUCACGUGGAAAGAAAUAGUGGUAUAGAAGUGGUCUGUGCGCCUCCUUUUCCUUAUUUAGAUUUUGUCAGAUCCUUGUUGAAGAAGGAAUUUGGAGUAGCAGCACAAAAUUGCUGGAUCACUGGAAGCGGUGCCUACACUGGGGAGGUCUCAACUGACAUGUUAUUGGAUGUUGGGGUUGAUUGGGUUAUUUUGGGGCAUUCAGAAAGACGUCACUUACCGGAACUUCAAGAGACUGAUGAGACCAUAGCCCAAAAGACUAAGAGAGCCUUAGACAGUGGUUUAGGAGUUAUCCUGUGCAUUGGAGAGCUUCUUCAGGAAAGGGAGGAGGGAAAGACUUUGGAUGUUUGUAAACGUCAACUUAGUGCAGUUGCGAAGGUUGUGACUGAUUGGCGAAAAGUAGUCGUGGCAUACGAGCCUGUAUGGGCUAUUGGAACAGGAAAAGUUGCGACUCCAGAACAGGCACAGGAAGUUCAUAACUCUGUAAGGCAGUGGUUCAGAGAAAGUAUCGCACCACAGGUAGCCGAUACACUACGGAUAAUUUACGGAGGUUCAGUCAAUGGACAAAAUUGUGAGCGCCUUGCUGGUCAAAAGGACAUAGAUGGCUUUCUGGUUGGAGGUGCAUCACUCAAACCUGAGUUCGCAAACAUUGUGUUAUCUCAUCGUCUAAGCCCAGAGAGCGUAUAGUGCUCAAUUGCGCAUUUUCUUCCCCAUAGAAAUUACUUGAUAAAUUGGUUAUUAUCAAGCAUCCUUACUUGAAAGACCAUUGAAGCACCGUAA